AUGGGCCAAUCUCUGGCCUGGGUAGCAAGAGAGUGCUGGGACCGAUCUUCCCAGGGUUGUCGCUGCGAGGCUUGCGAUCGUGCAGCAUGCUUGGAGACCUCAUCGGAAGAUCGGGUGCAAUGGCUCAUGUGGAUGUGCGAGCGGCAAAUGCUCGACAUCAGCUCCAGAGAUGAGGAUCUGCAGUCUUGUCGCGACGACAUCGCUGAGCUGCUGGACCACUGUCGGCGUCUGGUGAAGAUGGCGGAAAACACCCGCGAAGAGGCGAUGGUCAUUGAACUUCAGGCGAAGGUUCGCGAGCUGCAGCUGGAUAGCCGAGAGCUUCGACUUUUGGUGCAGGAGACCCUGUCAGCACCAGGUUCAAAGAAAUCGAGAACAUCCGAGGCUGCCUUACCGCACGCAGUGCACUUGAAGCGAGGCCAGCCAGGAGACGUUCAUGACCCCGUGCAGGAACAGCCGUGCCGUGACCAGCCCGGGACGCAGAGUACCGAGCCAGUGCACGUCCUGCAAGCACAUUCGGAGGCCAUCUCCCAGGCGCUGUUGCUGAGAAGCAGCCGCAUCCCUGAGGCCUUGGAGGACCUGCUUUGGAAAGGGCCCAGGCCUCGGUGUCGUGUCGGAUUCGGCCCCGAGCCGUCUUUGACUUGGGUCGAGGUGGAGGCUGAGGUGGACAGUCCCAAGACCAAAUCGACGCAGGCACCAGCAGCAGAUAGUUUUUGGAAUGGCUCCACGGAGCAUGAUUGCAGUGCCUUCUCUGCGGCCUGGUGCUCAGACCUUCUUGUGCACUUUGUGCUGGCGCUCAGAGCCAUUCCAAACUCGCCGUUCCCUUUCGAGGAAGCCGAAGAAAAGAGGACUUCUCCAGUCUUGCUUCUCCUGCUGUUGUCGCAGCCAGUCAUUCACGAGCCAGCCGCAUUGGUUGGUCGCCACCUCCUCCGAGGAUGGACGCCUGGUUGUCUGGUACUUCAAGCCUUUGCCAAGGUGCAGACGGCUGUGCGAUUGCGGCCGUUCCUUCCGAAUGAAUUGAGCAAGUUGGGCACCGCACCCGUGAGCUGUGUCGAGAUGAAGCCCAACGGCCAUGUGGUUUUGUCUGAUCCAGAGAAGCCGCAACAACCCGGGCGCGAGUUUGAAUGCACCUUCGCCUUCGAUUCCAGUCGCCCCAAGUCGGACAAUUACUCAGAUCAGCGUACCAUCUACAACAGUGUUGGUGCAGAGAUGGUCAUGCACGGAACGACUGGAUUCAACUGCUGCUUGGUUGCCUACGGGCAGACCGGGACAGGGAAGACUCAUACCGUGCAUGGCGAUUGGCAGAGCCACGAACAUCGGGGCCUUCUGCCGCGGAUCUCUGAAGGAUUGUUUCAGCGACUGGAUCAAUGUCGAGCAGAAGGUGCGUCGUGGCGGGUUCGCAUCAGCUAUGUCGAGGUUUACAACGACCGCUUGCGUGAUCUCUUGGAGCAUGCCGGGCCAAGCCUGUCCCGGACCGAAAACGACAGCCCUAGCCCACGCCGGUUUUCAAAGCCGGGAACUGCAGCAGGCCCUCGUCUGGAGAUACGGAAUCAUCCAGCUGUUGGGGUCUACGUCGAAAACCUUCAGGAGCUGCCUGUGGAACACCUCCGGGACGUUGCGCGCCUGGUUUCCAAAGGAGAGAAGGCCAAGAAGGUGGAGAGGACGACGAUGAACGACCGAUCGAGUCGUUCGCACACGAUCUUCAUGUUCAAGGUUGAAGUCCGAAAUGCCUCCAACGGAGACCACAUGUCAACCGUGCAGGUCGUUGACCUGGCCGGCCGUGAGAAUGAGCAGACAUCAGAAUGCAAGGGUGACCGGUUCCGAGAGCUCAGGCACAUCAACCGUAGUCUCUUCGACCUCGCGAGUUGCAUCCAUGCCCUCUGCGACGGCAACCGCGACCACGUGCCCUUUAGGAACUCCAAACUGACGAUGCUGCUCUCCGACAGCCUGGCAAGCAACAGUCGAACGACUCUUCUGGCGACCUUGACUCCAAGCUCCGCAGGUUUCGAUGAGAACAUCCUCACCUGCCGCUUCCUCGAGUCCACGGUCGUGCCCGUGAAUGGCGAGCCAAUGGCUACUUGCGACGGCCGUGACGGCGAUGCAGCCAGGCAGGUCGAACCUUUGCUGGGCGGGCCAGAUCCAGUGAUUCUGAAACUGGAUGAGAGAAGCUUCACGUACUAUAUCCCAACGAUAACUGGUGACAAAGAUCCCGGCGCAUGGUAUGACGAGCUGACUGCUGUUUUGCAGAACAGCACACUGACGAUGCCGACUCCGCCCAAGGACACCUCGGCAGAGAAUGAGCGCGCCCAGUUUUAUGCAGCGGGUACUUUUGAUCACACUGUCCCAGAUGCAGGCCUCCAGGCAAUGGACUUCCGGUACAAUCCUCGCUGGUGCUUAGCGGGACGACCCCUUGAGAACUUACAAUGCAUCUUGGACUUGAAGCGGAUGGUUGAGGAAGAAGUCGGCAAGAUCUUAGCCAUGGAGCAUCAGCCGCUUGGUGAAACAAAGAUUUCUCCUGACCUGUUGCAGCCUUUCUUCAAUAGUAUACUCGUGAAUUUUUACAAAGAUGGCAAAGCUCAAAUCAAAUGGCAUGCAGAUGAUGAGAAUUGCUACGGGCCUUCGGACAACAUCCUCAUCGGCUCGCUGUCUUUCGGUGCGGCCCGUGUCUUCGAAGUGCGGCGGAAGCCACGGCGGGGCGACACAGACCGCAGCGCGCAGCAGCUGCAACGAAUUCUGCUGCAGCCAGGGUCGCUGCUGGUAAUGGGAGGCGCCAUGCAGGCUAACUGGCAGCAUUCGCUUCCUCCUGACCCAAGCUGCCUCGAAGGCCGUGUCAACCUGACUUUCCGCCGUAUCGUAGGAGGCCGCAUCACCACUCAGCCUGUUGUGAACCACUUCGGUGCGGCGGAGGUGCAGAAGCACUUGCAGGACGAGAUUGCCAACUUGCAGUCCACUCUGGUGGAGGAAGCCGUCAUCGCUUCCCGCCAGACGUUGCUGAAGCAGUUCUCGGAAGUCUGGUCAGAUCAUCACCUGCAGGCUUUGCAGGGAGCACAGGAGGACUCCCGGCUGACGGUCGUGCAUGGUGCAUGCAGGCAGGUCUCCUCCAGCUUGCAGGGGGCGGAGGAGUCCCUGAGUCAGCUCGAAGAACGAAACCACGAAGCCGCCAAGGCGUUGCAAAAGGUGGGGCGAAAGCUGGCCAAUGUCGAGAAAGCCAUCCGCAGUGUACAGUCUCGGAAGGCAGGCUACAAGGGCUACGCGUCGGGCUCCCCCGAUAGCACCGCCACCACGGCUGGGGAGGACCGAGUACCAGGUAUUUUGGGAGGGGACUCUGCUUCCCACCAGUGCCCUGCGCAGUUUGAUGGUUCUGGCAUUGGCUCUUGGUCUACGCUGACUGGUCUAGGCAGUGAUGUGAACCUCAUCGACCCUUGCACGGCCACGGUUUCUUGGGUUCUCUAUGGUCACACGGACCGUGUCACAGCUUUGGCGGAGUGUGCGGAUGGUCGUUUUGUCACUGGAGGAGCAGACGGAGCUAUCCGGCUCUGGGCAAAGCGGACGUGGUCUGCUUCCCUACCAGCACAGGAUGCGCUUCACAGUGCAGCUGAUGCAUCUGCAGAUGGCGCAGAACCUCCGCAGCUGUCCGCAGAAGCCUGGAGGGGUGCGCUGGGGGAGUCGGUGAAGCCUGGAGUCUGCAGCAUGGCCUUCUAUGCACACACACAGCAGGCACGACGUGGCGAAAUGGCUGCACUGUUCUUGCGUGUUUUGGUGCAAAGUGGAAGCAACCUCAUCAAGGCCGACGGGUACCCUGCUGUGCCUUGCUAUGCGAUCUCAGAGUUCGGGGCAGGCCGAGGCUUUGAAGAGAUCUCAGCUCUACGCUCUUACGUCGCGGCAGCAGAGCUGCUAAAGCUCGUGGCUUCUUUGUCCUUCCUCGUGGUUGCCGGUGAAUGGCACAGAGCGUUCACGGGCUGGACAUGGCGGAUCGGACUGCGAGAGUCGAUCUGGCCUGCAAUGGCCUAUGCUUUGCAGAACGUUGCAGGGACAGCUGCAAACAAAUCGCUGGAUGCGGUUACAUGCAAUGUUCUCAACCAGACGAAGCUGCUUUGGACCGCUGCUUUUGUGGUUCUCCGUAAGCAACGACAGUUUACCUUCCGUGAAUGGGUCGCCCUCACAAUGAUCCUCCUUGCUUCACUGCUGACGGCUUGCGAUGGUGAUGGCUUGCAAGCAGAGCCCUACUGGGGACGAUGUCAAGGAGUUGCCUGCGCCUGCUUGGCGGCGAUGUGCUCUGCAUUCGGAGCAGUUCUCACCGAGGAAGCUUUGGUAAAGGGCAGGGAUCCGUUCCUGCUUUCCGCGGAGCUGGCCCUGGGAGGUCUUGGCACGCUCUUCCUCACCUUUCCUUUCACCAUGCUGGAGCAAGGAACUGCGGAAAGGUUUUACGGCUGGACGUGGGCAACACUGCUCCCACUGUUUACACAUGCUGGCGGCGGCAUCCUCGUUGGCAUCGUCACCAAGCAUCUGGGAAGCGUAAACAAAGCGAUCUUGAUGGUCGUCAGCCUGCUGUUGACCGGGACUUUAAAGGUGCUGAUCGACCAUCGUUGGCCAUCUGCUCCCUCGAUGCUGUCUAUUGGACUCGUUGCGGCUGGCCUCGCGCUGUACUGUGAUCUCGGGAACCGUAUCGUGGUCUUUUGUCACCGUGAGAAGCCAAUGUUUGACGUGCUGCAGCCGCUGCACCUGCAUUACAGCUGGUAUCGGACCUUGCUGGGCCAUCCCCGCCGCCCGCAGCCGCUUAAAGUGGAGAGCUUCCACUGGGUGCGGGAGUACCUGAAUCUGCGGUACGGCCGCAACCGCGGGCUUGCCUCUAGGCAUGCAGUUGCUGUGCUGGACGUUUGCUUUAUGAGUUCACUGAGGACCUCCGAUGCGAAAGUCCCGCUUUUCCAGGCAGAUGCAAGCCGAAUUCGCCUUCCAGAGAUUUGCUCGCAGAUGGCAGAGCUGCCAGAGUGCUCCUGGCUUGAUUUGGAGGUGGUCCUCUGCGCCAGUCGGAAGAAGGCCGCGAGAAGCAUUGCGCGCUGCUCUGUGCUGUUGGAGGAGGUCGUGCAGCAGUUGGCAGACUCUCCGUCCAAGGAGUUGAUACCAAGUGCCAGAAAGCUUUACUCUCCUCUCGGGCAAGGACCAUACCAGGAGCUCGUGGAUGCAGAGCUCUUCGUUGGAUUCUUCGAGGGAGAAGAGGGUGUAGUUGGAAUUUCCGUCAAGCCGAUGCCUGGCCUCGCAGUCGGCUUCACAAACCCGACGUUCGUUCGUGCGACUGUUCGGCAAAGCUGUGCUGGGGCAGUACAGAGUCUGCCGGCCAAAGUUCGAGACGUCACGGAAGUCAGAAGCCAGACAGUGAACCCUCACUGGGGCGAGAUAUUAGAGUUUGAGAUUCCCGUCUUCGUCGGGGAUCGUCACGUCUCGCACAGUCCUGACUACCGCCUUCACUUUCAGCUGUUUGGCAAGGAGCGGAUGAAUUCCGACAAACUCCUGGCAGAGCUGUUUAUACCCCUAGCAGAUGCUAUCCGUGCAGACGGCCAGAAGGCACAGUCCUUCGAACUGAAGCCGACAGAGCAGCUGAUGCGGGGCAAGAAGGCCAAGAGAAGCAGUGCAGCGAGCGACACGGUGAAGCCCCCAGAUUUUGUUCGGUAUCCAACUCUAAUGCCCUGUCCAAAGCAGAUUCAGUGCACAGUGGAGCGUCUCGACAAUGUUAAGUAUGCCGGCACAGUGGACAAAAACCUCCAAGUUCGGAUGUGCUUUGUGGAAGGCGAUGCGAUGCUGUCACAUACGACAGUGAGAACUUCCGUGAAGCAGCAGACCAUCAAACCGGUCUGGAAGCAACGAUGUGUCUUUGACAUGCCACCCCAGCUUCUGCGCUCUGGCUUUGAACCUCGCCCGCCUUCUGUCCGGAAGGGAUGGGUGCACGACACCAGGGAAGUCAACGAGUCCAACUUGGUCGUGUGCAUUGACAUUUGCGACCGUGAUGCGAUCAGCGGUACAGACAGCUUCAUGUGCCGUGGUCAGGUGCCCCUCCGUUCUGCCUGGGAGGCCGCCACCAAGGGCCGCAGCGUGGUGUCGCCCCAAUGGGUGAACUUGACGCCGUCUGCUGGAGGCCGCUUGCAAGUGGGUUUUUCUACCAGCCCAGCGAAGGAUCAACUUAUCGUCCACAUCAUGGGGGCGGAGAAGCUUCCUGGACGUGCGACUUCCGGCCUCGCAGACCCGUUUUGCCUCGUUCGUUUGGCUUUCAUGGGCCAGCUUGGCGAGCCUACAGACCAGGCGUCGGUAAACUUGCCGUUUGUGACCACGCCUGCGGGAGAGCUGACAGACGGUACAGAGACCCUGUUCUUCCAGCACCAGGAAGUACUGGAACUGCCUGGUGCACUGUCGGAAGGCAUGGUGGCAGCCCGAGCAAGUUGGCACUACCAGGUUGAUUUGGUCGACAUGAAGAAACAGGUGGUGCUUUGCUCCGGAAGCAUCUCUGUGCAGGAGAUGCUCGAUGAUAUUUGCCGUACAGAGGGGCGGUGUGAAGUUACGCAGUACACGAUCCGUGAGAAGUUGGAGGAGUCCAAGUCGUUGCUGCAGAAGCCCUCCACUCCCGAUCCGUUUGCAGACGACGUAAGGUGUGGGUCCAUUCUUCGGAAGAUAGUCUUGAAGCAGCUGGACAAACCGUACAAAGCAGCGCUGGAUCAGGGAGUCGCAGACGCGGCCAGCCCCAAGGCCAAGCGCAAGCAGGUGGGCGAAGCCAUUGGCAGCGCUUUGGUCACGUUGGGACUCCGAAACAACACCGAGCGAGUCGAUCGAGGCACGGACGACAUGGAGCUCUACGUGCGCUUCCAGGUCGUCUCUCGUUGGAAAGGUCUCUCCAGAGGGAGCCGCAGUCCUCCUUCGGUGCCUAUGCGGGCGCCCUCUGCCGUGAGGUGUAUUGCCACCCUCGCGAACUCCAUCGUCGCGGGUUACGAGGAUGGCAAUGUCUUCGUCUGGGACGCAUGUGGACAAUCCAGCCCUCUGCACCAGUUCCAGGCGCACGAGGUGCCAGUCAGCGCCAUCGCUGUCCUGCCACCUCUUGGUUGUGUGGUCACCGCAGGCGAGGUGCGCAACGGUCUAGAGGCACGGGACUGGCACGGGCUUCAGCCAAACUCGACGGAUCUUGGCCUGUGA